AUGAAGUCUAUUGUUGUUAUUUGGCUAAUGUGCUUUGCUCUUUGGGCUCUGGCAGAGGAUACCGCUACCACUACCAAUACCGAUGAAACUGAUAAAUAUGUUUUGUAUAACUUUGUAAAGGCAAAUUGGUUCCGUGCCCAGGCCAUUUGCGCCUCCCAGAAUUAUACUUUGAUCAGCAUUCCCACAUAUAAAGUGAAUGAAGAAAUAAACACUUACUUGCUUAACUCCACCGAAAUAAUCGACGAACCCAUUUGGGCCUCAGGCUCUAACCUGGCCAAUGUCAAUAGAUGGAGUUGGUACAGCACUGGAGCUACAUUCACCUUUCGCAGAUUCAGUAGUCCACCUGGCACUGCUCCACGUUGCGUUGCCCAUAAUGGACUCACCGGGGACUGGACUGCCUUAAGUUGCACUUCUGAACGUUAUUUUAUGUGCGAAAAGAGAUGCUAA